ACCCGCAUGCACCACGUGGACUCGCUGUUUUGCUAUCAUCAAACUUUCCUGACCCGGCGGUGUGCGGGACCAGCGAGAAGUUUCUGAUUGGCCGCUCAGGCAUUCCCAUGGGAAGCGGCUACGCCGCGAUUGGCUGGCAGCCGCCAUCUCGUGCUCAGCGGUCACGCCCCCCCCCCUCACUUGCUCAGAAUUUCAUAGAGCAAAGUAGAUCCGUUACCGAGAGAUGGAGAGCGGGUGUCCUGUCCUACACGCCUCCCGUGCCCGCCGCUGCCCCUGCUCAUACCGGGCGUGACGUCUCCUCCAGGCUCCACGGGAUUGCAGGACAGCCAGAAUACUGGACCCUGCUCACCCGCUUUACCUGGGUCAUUGUACCUUUCACCCGCUCACCCUGAGUUACAGUACCUCUCACCCGACGUGUCCGGACCACUGGACACUGUACCGGUUUACACCCGCUUUCCCAGGAUCACUAGUUUGUUACCCUGCACGUCUGACCCGCUUUACCGGACCACAGGACGGUGCCCUCUUCACCCGCUUUCUCGAGAUUAUUGCACCAUACCAUUGACACCAGCUUUCCCCGGACUCCCAGUAGACGAUGCACUUCGCAAGUCCAGUGCUGUGACACCCCCUGCCCGCAUUGCUGUGCCCUCUCACCCUAGUGUACCUCCAGUUCUGUGAUACCCUUAUAUACUCACUGCUGUGACACCCCCUGCCCUCAUUGCUGUGCCCUCUCACCCUAGGGUACCUCCAGUUCUGUGAUACCCUUAUAUACUCACUGCUGUGACACCCCCUGCCCUCAUUGCUGUGCCCUCUCACCCUAGGGUACCUCCAGUUCUGUGAUACCCUUAUAUACUCACUGCUGUGACACCCCCUGCCCCCAUUGCUAUGCCCUCUCACCCUAGGGUACCUCCAGUUCUGUGAUACCCUUAUAUACUCACUGCUGUGACACCCCCUGCCCUCAUUGCUGUGCCCUCUCACCCUAGGGUACCUCCAGUUCUGUGACUCCCUUAUAUCCUCACUGCUGUGCCCCACUCACCCUGAGAUGCCAUUAGUACUGUGACACUGCCACUCUACCAACCCUUGAUCUACCCUCAGUGCUGUAACCAUCUGCACUCUGCGUCCACUAAACAAAGUGUAUCUCAAAUGUGACACCCCCAUGUUAGGUGUACCCGCAGUACUGUGACCCACUCCCCGCCCUAGGUGUACCCACAGUACUAUGACCAUCACAUCCCCCCUCCCGAGGUGUAGCCACAGUACUGACCCCCCCAUCCUAGGUGUACCUGCAUUACUUUGACCAUCUCCUUCACCCUAGGUGUACCCACAGUGCUGUGUCCCACACCCCUCCCUAGGUGUAGCCGCAGUACUGUGACCCACCCCCCAUCCUAGGUGUACCCACAUUACUGUGACCAUCUCCUUCACCCUAGGUGUACCCACAGUGCUGUGACCCACCCCCCUCCCGAGGUGUAGCCGCAGUACUGUGACCCACCCCCCAUCCUAGGUGUACCCACAUUACUGUGACCAUCUCCUUCACCCUAGGUGUACCCGCAGUGCUGUGACCCACCCCCCUCCCUGGGUGUAGCCGCAGUACUGUGACCCACCCCCCAUCCUAGGUGUACCCUCAUUACUGUGACCAUCUACUUCACCCUAGGUGCACCCACAGUACUGUGAGCCAUCCCUUGCCCUAGGUGUACCCUCAGUGCUGUGACCCUCUCCCCACCACACACUAGGUGUACCCUCAGUGACACACCCAGCAAGACCCCUUGUCCACCACUUUUGGUACUGCUUUGGUGUUACUCUUGUCACUGCUGUGAUCCAGUUCAAUGUCUCCACAUCCUACCUAAUCACACUAUGUGACCCCACCCCCAACAGGACUUGCUAUGCUGUGACAAGAGCAACAUGUUCCCUGUGACAUGAUGACACAGUUCUGCCACAAGAUGUCUCUCUGCAAGAUGGCUCCAGGUGUGCCUCCCCCCAACCUCUUCUACCUGCUGUCCGGUAUGUGCAUCCACUGUGACCUCUAGGAACCGUCACCCCUCUACUGCUGCACCUGCUCUACCUGGAUGUGCAGUCCACGGAUUAACCCACAACCUUCCCUGAUCCAUGUCUGGUGCAUGAGUGCAGAAGAGUGUACACUGUCCUCCGUACUGCGCCUCCCAGUCUGAUUGUGAUGAAAUGAAGCGUCCCACCUCUAAAUGCUGCUGCAGAAUUCUUUUCAGGUGUAUCUUAUUCUUGGGAUUCAUAAUAUGCAUCCUUUACAUCUGCAAAGUGGGACUGGACGCGGAGACAUGUGACCCCCGAGCUGUGACCCCCAACCACAUAAAGAGAGCCCAUACGUUUGCCAGAAAUGUUGUUGAAGCACCAUGUAGGAAAGCAUUCGCAAGGACCGAAAUGCACCGAUUGUUCCAAAAUAAGUACGACUUGGGAUUGUCCAGCUUUGUUAAGAAAACCAAAGAACUCAAUGAAUCAUUGUACCAGUAUGGGCCUCCAUUUGGAUUUUACCAGUACCUUAAAGAACUUCAUGAACUUUUGGAAAUUAUGCCUGAAGAUGACCUUCCUGAGGAUUCGAGAUCCAAGGAGUGCAAGCGCUGCAUUGUCCUAGGGAGCGGGGGAAUACUCCACGGCCUGAAACUGGGAAACGUGAUCGACCAGUUUGACAUUACAAUCAGGCUGAACAACGCCCCAGUGUGCGGAUACCAGCGGGAUGUUGGGAAUAAGACCACCAUCAGAAUGACUUAUCCUGAAGGGGCCCCAUACUCCAGCCAGGAAUAUGUGGGCGACAGCCUGUUUGUGGCGGUUCUUUUCAAGCACGUGGAUUUCUUGUGGCUGCAGGCGAUGAUAAAGAACGAGACGCUGUCUACAUGGAACAAGUUAUUCUUCUGGAAGAGUGUGACCGAAAACCUACCUCUGAAAUCCCAUCAGUUCCGGAUCCUGAAUCCACUCAUAGUCAAAGAGACCGCAAUGGACAUCCUGCAGUUUCUUCCUCCCCACCAGAAGUGGUUGGGCUGGGACAAGAACGUACCCACGAUUGGCGUGAUAGCGGUGGUCUUAGCGACACACUUAUGCGAUGAAGUGAGCGUAGCUGGCUUUGGUUAUGACUUGACUCAGCCAGAUAUACCCUUGCAUUACUUCGAUAAACUUUGCAUGAACGCAAUGAACAGACAGCCGAUGCACGACGUCGCCACAGAGCGAAAGCUGCUUCAGACACUGGUGCGGGAAGGAGUGGUGAAAGAUCUCAGUGGAGGAGUACAUUGCGAUUUCUGUCCCUCCCAUCAAACUGAUGGCAUGCCUAGUUUAUAGAGCACCGUUUUCCAGGAUAGCCAUACAAUGGAAUAAUGGCGUGCUCGUUCAGAUGAAGAUACAAGGCCUUCUGCCUUCUAUUUGCACAGUACUGUCUGAGAUGCUGCAGGACACUCAGGAACUCGGUGCAAGCUGUCAGGCUCCAGAGAUGUGGCGUGAUGGAAAAGCCUGACAUGCUGAGUCAUGCAUGACGCACAAAUCAUACCUGGGAAUGCUACAAAACCAUCACAAGCUAAUUAAAGUAUCGAUACUGCAAGUGUAACGGUUGCCUACGCAGACUGAACCUACCUACAGCCUAUGCAUUCAUUGUGAUUUAGCAUUAACAUUGGGACAUGAGAGACUGCGCUUUAGUCCCACAAUAUGGCUGCCUCCGCUAUGUGCAGGUCACUACAACACUUAAAGGCCUGGGUAGCACAGUAGGUAUUUUUACACUUGACAUUCACAUAUGACCGUUGAAAGUCUCUUCAUCGCUGCCUUGUUAUUCCAUGUAUCAUGAAAUCACGUUUGUGUGUGUUGGGGCUGUGCCCCGAUCAUAGGAGUUAAUGAUAGGACCUGCUUCAAAGAAAUGGUUAAGAUGUCAUGUGAUACGAGUAAAACCCUGGCCCAUUAUUUGGACACAUGUCAUGUGAUAGUCAGCCCUGACCCUCAUUCUGGAUACAGGUCAUGUGAUAGUCAGCCCUGACCCUUAUUCUGGAUACACGUCAUCUGAUAGUCAGCCCUGACCCUUAUUCUGGACACAUGUCAUGCGAUAGUCAACCCCGUCUUAUUCUGGUCACUUGGUAACUUGGAUUUGCACUGUGUCAUCUUUGGAGCGCCAGAAUACCGGACUGAAGUUAUUAUGUCUUAUUGUUUUUGCUGUUUUAUUGCAAAAUUACUUUAAGAAGUGCUGCAUUUUUUCUAUUGUUUUAUAUUACAUUUGAUGGGCUGCUGUGUCUUGUCCCCAGAGAUAGUGUAAAUGUAGUGACACCACUUUUAUGUGCAGAAUGACAGGGAUUGCACCUCAGUCUGCCCAUACAGAGAUAUGUUUAUAGAUAUAUGGACUUUACAGCCUUAGAUGUGCACAAUAAUAAUACUGUAACUCAGGACAUCGCCCCCCUUCCUCAUCUACAUCUGUGGUACAUAGGUACAGGCCGGUGUCACUGUACUGUCACCAGGCUUUAUACAGUGCAGCAGGCCUGCAUUCUUUUCAGGAAGAGAAUGUGUGAAUGAUGUCGAUUUUUAUUUUCUCACAUGGAAUCCAUUGCUGGCAAUGGCGAUUUCAGCAUUAUUGUAUACCAGUAUUAAGCUCUGGUCUCCGCAGGGUUUUAGACGUCGCCCUGGCUUUCCGGAGUAAAGUUGGAAAGACGUUUGUGUGUAUAUAAUGUAAAUGUAGUCUAUAUUCCAUAGGGCAGUCGCCUCCCCUCCGCCUAGUAGGGAGGAAAUGCCAUAGAAGUGAAAAGGACUUGUUGAGUGAGAACAUUUCUACAGCGGAGUCGUUACAGUCAGGGAACAUAAUCGCUGACGUUGGCAAGAUGAAGCCUUUUUAUAAUAUCAAUCACCAAGUUGGUACAAAACAUAGUUUUAAUUUUUUCUCGAACGUCCUAGUGGAUGCUGGGGACUCCGUAAGGACCAUGGGGAAUAGACGGCUUCCGCAGGAGACA